AUUUAUUUAUUUUUAAUAGAGGUACUGCAGAUUGAACCCAGGACCUCAUGCAUGCUAGGCAUGCACUCUACCACUAAGCUAUACCCUCCCUCUCCCAGCAGUUCUCUUGAUAUCACGGGUUGGGGGGGUGGGCAAUGUGGAUCAGCAAGAUUCCAGACCAGGAUGGGGCCUGUUCACUGAAUUUGAAACGUCUGGGGCUCUUUGCCUUAUGAAUCCUUUGACCAAGAAAGGCUGGAUAACACAGUGCCUCAGAUCUGGGACAGCAGCCAGACUUGGGUUCAGUUCUAUUGUUCACUAGCUGGGUGGCCUUGGAUAAGGGGCUUAACCUCUUGGGUCCCAGUUUCCUUCUCAAUAAAAUGGGGACAAUAAUGGAACUGAUCCCUUAGGGCUGAUGUUACAGCAUUUAGCAUACAGUAGCUGCUAGGUAAGGGACAGCCAUGUUUCAUGAUGGAUUGUCAAUGAUCAUUUAUUGAUUACUUUGUGAGCCAAAACACUUCAUGUGCCUGUACCUCACUGAAAUAUCACCAUUCCUCUGUAUGACAGGUACUGUUAUCAUAUUAUAAGAAACAUAAGGCACCUAACACCAUCUGCACAUAGGUGCUCACCAAAAGCUAUAGCGCUCUUUUAUCAUGCAAAAGGGAAAAAAAGAUCAUGGAAAGGGCGCUUUACAAGGUAUGAGGUGCUGCAGAAGUUUUUGUUACAAUUAUUACGUCACCCUUUGUGGUCAUAAUCCUUUAUUCUGUAGAGCUACUGUGAUGGUCCCUUAGUUACCGUGGCCAUGGAAACGCAGCCUGCAGUUUUUGGUUGGAUGGUUCGCGGGCUCCCCCUGGAGGCCAUCUUCCGUUCCUGCAGUGGGACGACGGGGGCGGGCCUUUGAGUAGGGCGAGAGGGGAGCCGGGAGUUGUAGGCCACUGGCUGUGGUUGCCGUGGAGUGAUGCACGCCGGGAGUUGUAGUUCUGGGGAGAGGCGGUUGGCGGCCCCAGACCCAGCUCCGGCCUCACCCGGAUGGCUGCCGCGACGUGCGGCUGCCGGCCCUGGGGCUCGCUCCUCGGGCUGCUCGGGCUGGUUUCGGCCGCGGCCGCCGUCUGGGACCUGACAUCGUUGCGCUGCAACUUUGGCUCCUUCUGCGAAUGUGACUUCCGGCCCGAUUUCCAGGGACUUGAGUGUGACCUGGCCCAGCACCUGGCUGGCCAGCACUUGGCCAGAGCACUGGUGGUGAAGGCGCUGAAGACCUUUGUGCAGGACCCUGCUCCCACCAAGCCGCUGGUCCUCUCCCUGCAUGGCUGGACAGGCACGGGCAAAUCCUUUGUCAGCUCCCUGCUGGCACACUACCUCUUCCGGGGUGGCCUCCGCAGCCCCCAUGUGCACCACUUUUCCCCACUCAUCCACUUCCCCCACCCCAGCCAAAUGGAGCGCUACAAGAAGGAUCUCAAGAGCUGGGUCCAGGGGAACCUCACUGCCUGCAGCCGCUCGCUCUUCCUCUUUGAUGAGAUGGACAAGCUGGCCCCAGGCUUGAUAGAGGUCCUGCGACCUUUCCUGGGCUCCUCCUGGGUUGUGUAUGGGACCAACUAUCGCAAAGCCAUCUUCAUCUUCAUCAGCAACACUGGUGGUGAGCAGAUCAACCAGGUGGUGUUGGAGGCAUGGCGCAGCCGCCGGGACCGCGAGGAGAUCCGGCUGCAGGAGCUGGAGCCGGUCAUCUCCCAGGCAGUGCUGGACAACCCGCACCAUGGCUUCUGGCGCUCGGGAAUCAUGGAAGAGCAUCUCCUGGACGCCUUGGUGCCCUUCCUACCGCUCCAGCGGCACCAUGUGCGGCACUGUGUUCUGAAUGAGCUGGCCCAGCUGGGCCUGGAGCCAAGGGAUGACGUUGUCCAGGCUGUGCUGGACAGCACCACCUUCUUCCCUGAGGAGGAGCAGCUCUUUUCCUCCAAUGGCUGCAAGACUGUGGCUUCCCGAAUUGCCUUCUUCCUCUGACUCUCCAGGUGGCUUCCUUAUCCUCCUCUACCUGACCAGGCCAUGCAGGAAAGCCCUGAGGCCUCUGCCAGAGGUCCCUGCCCUGAGCCUCCUGGAGAGUGGGACCCAGAGCACAAUGUGAACUUGAGGAGGGGUGUUGCCCAGGCCAUGAGACGGAAGGCCCAGGCAGGCCCCAGCCACUUAGCAGAGAGCAUUUUGGCUUUUGCUUCCUUCCUCAGGGAGACCACUGGUCACCGCAGAACUUCAAUGAGCCUUGAGCUCACCCUCCAGCCUGAGCCUUCUUAAAAUGUGAAUUAUAACUCAGGGAUGGUGGCUGGUGCCUGCUCCCCCCUUCGGUUGGUUACUCUCAGCCCUUGUUCCGGCACCACACCCCACCCUUCCAUCCCACACCCUGUGGCCCAGUACUGUAAAGCCAGGCUGAGACUUCUGUCUCCAGGAAUAGAGGGACUCAAGCUGCCACUUGGGCUUGGCUUUUCAAAUUUUUUAUUUUGUAAAAGAAGAGAACAAAUACAAUAAAUUCAGCCAUGGGACCAGAG